AGACAGUGAGAGGUAGGAUACCCCAGAGCAGCUAACUACACCCUCAGUCCCUAUGCUCUAAGUGGAAAGCAGCAGUGGGCAUUAGUCAGAGGACAAAAGGACUAUCGCUAAGUGUGGGCAGAAGCACCAGAGAAGAUCAGAGGUGGCCUGUGAUCAGUCUGUCUGGGUCCUUAUAGCAAGAAGGGUCACAAAGACCACCAAGAAAAUGCUGAGCUACCAUCCCCAGGUCCCUUACUCUGUGAUCUUCCUGCUGGUGCUAUUUCCAUCACUGCUUAGCACAGAGAACUCCCCGUACCAGUACCGUGACUGGAAAAACUACCAUGGACUUGGCUUGGACCCCAGAACUUUCUACCACAAAGGCCAGAACCCAAGGAAUAUGUGGAACCAAAGGAAUCAGAAUCUUGAACCAUGCCAGGCCACCCCUGACAUCUACUUUGUUCUGGAUAAGUCUGCUAACAUGCUGUACGGCUGGUCACAUGUUCAGAAGUUUGUGCAGGAUAUGGUGACGAGGUUAUCAAACCCGGAUCUGCGGGUGUCUAUCAUCACCUACUCCUGUAAGGGCAACAUCCUCCUGCCCAUCACUGGAGACAGAGAAGAAAUCCUCAAGGGUGUUGAAAGAAUUAAGCAUACCAUAACUGCAGGACAUGAACUCAUUCACGAAGGAUUGUGGAAGGCAAAUAAGCAGAUAAUAAAGGUCAACAGAAAAGGUGUCCGCCCCACCAUGAUCAUCUUCUUGCUCAAUGGCCCUCUGAAUAAUGAUCUCUAUGGGUAUUCGAUGAUAGAGACUAACGAUACUCGGAAAAUGGGAGGACAGGUUUACGGUGUGGGUACGGGCCAGUCCCGCAGAAGCCAGAUAAUAGGACUUUCAGGUGGUCUAGCCAAUGCAUUUACAAAUAAGAAAACUGAGCAUCUGAGUGACAUCAUUACACCAUUAUUGUCCAAGGCCUGUCCAUCCCUUAAAACUGCAGUUACAAGCAUUAUAUGUAUACUAGAAUCAAACCCAGUGGUAGUUGAAGGAUACGGCUUUGACUUUGCCAGGCGUAAAGAAGACAUUAUCUGCAGAUUCUAUUUAGGCGACCCACAAAUGACUGUCAGAGAUGUUCCCCCUAUCAAUAUAACCAAGACGACUGUUACUUGUCCUGGACCAAUCGUAGAUUCUGCGGGAAGAGCGAUCCAUAUUCUACUCAGCCUGGACAAUGGAAAAAACUUCCUGAAUAACGAUUUAUACGUUGCCAGUAGGACAUGUGGCAAAACGACAGUUAAAUACGGCCAAAGAACUACAACCACUAGGAGAACCACUACAACUACCACCACAACUCCAUCUACUACCACCAAAAGCCCCACCACCAUCCUCCUGGUCACAGAGAAACCAGGCAUCGAUAAAUUCAUUUUUGUCCCUGUGCUCCUGGCCCUGCUGCUUCUGCUGUUGCUGGCUGGUUGUUUCUGGCAGCUGUGCUGUGUUCCGCCUGUAGAGGAGCUGCCCCCACCUGAGCCCCAACCACAGCCCAGAGAGAAGAAACAACCUCCUCCAGUGUCUCCCCCGGCACCCACAGUACCUGUAAACUCAGCCCCCAUCGUGAUCAUCUGCUGUUGCACCUGUCGUGGCCUGUAUGUGAGCAGAGAUGUGGAGGGCAACGUGACUGUGUGCAACUUCAAUCCCCUGUGCUUCCCCCAGUUGCCAUUGAUAUGGCCUAAGUGCGGUGACCAGGGGCAGUUUACUAACUGGGCCCUCCUGAAGGAACCCUGCAUCCCCAAGGUCAGCUUGCCACCUAGACAAGAGUAUCUGCCUCUAGCUUCCUGCUCCCAGUGCCACUGUCUCCCAGCUAGCUGCUCCAGGCAUUCCUCCAGGCUGCGGCAGCUCCCUCUUCAUUCCCGGGCUCCCAGAGCCCCACGGUCACACCCUCCUACAUAGUGGGCAUCUCAGGUGCCACCAAGCGAAGACUAAGAGGUCUUUGCUGCUGUAUUCUGUAUAUUGGAGUUAGCAUUUUAAUAAAGGAAGUAAUCGAUUGGAA